ACCCUAAAACCCUUGCAAUAAUAAGAUGGAGACUUUUGCUGGCUGUGAUAAUUUUGAAUUCAAGAGACAUGGCUAGAUACCAAAGUCUGAUCGUAGCUGCCUUGGUGCGAGCUUCUCGCCGUUCAACCUCACCGGCCGUCUCCUCCGUGAAGAGAACCUUCUCUUCUUCCUCCUUACUUCCCCGGAUAACAACAACAACACCCAUCACUCUUCCUUGUCGUUCUUCUCCUUUCUCUAAGUUUUAUUUUUCUUCCUCCUCCUCUUCUCCUCCUUCUGUUCGACCGCCGAAACCCGCUGCUGGUAAUGGCCACGAAGAAGACACUUUUGAUUAUAAAACAACUGAGGAUGUGGAGGUCAUAGAUGAUUGGGAAGAAGAAGAUGAUGAAGUUGAAGCUAAGCUUGGAGAUGGAGGAGAUGGUGGUGGGAUUGUUCUUGGAGGUGUGGCAUGGGGUGAAAGAGUUCUCUCUAUUGCUUCCCAAGUUCUGAACGAGUGUAAGCAAGAUUUGGAGCUCUUUGCUUUCAGAACUUCUCCUCGUGGAUAUAUAUACAUCAGACUUGACAAACCCUCUCAUGAAUAUGGAUGUCCUAGCAUGGAUGAGCUCGAGGAGUUUAGUAGAGAAUAUAAGAAGAGAUUAGAUGUUGCAGGGGAUGAAAAAGUAAUCCCAGAGGAUCUAGCCCUUGAGGUAUCAUCUCCAGGAGCAGAGAGGCUGCUGAAAGUUCCAGAGGACUUGCAUCGAUUCAAGGAGAUGCCUAUGACAGUAAGCUACGAGGAGGAAACAAACUCUAGGAAAACAGUGAAGAGCACAGUGUUCUUCUUGGACUCUGUAGAUGCAGAAUCAGAGAUGUGUAUCUGGAAACUAGCAGAUGUGAAGGAGAACAGAGACCCCGAAAGCAAAGGCAGACCGUUGAGCCGGAAACAAAAGGACCUGAGAUUCAAACUACCUUUCUCAGUUCACAGGGUGAUAACUCUCUACUUGGAUUAGUUAAGUAGAUGCAAAGCAGAAGUAGAGUUUCUAGAGAAGGAAAUUUAUUGCCAGUUUGUCACUUAUGGGUUCACAUUGCUGCUUUUUUUAUAACCUAAGCUCACAACCUUUAGGUUGAGUUUUAUCAUAUUAUAGUUUAUAUGGUUAGUAAUCAGUGAGAUAUUAUUACAACAUCUGAAAAA